AUGGCCUCCCCUUGCAUCUCUCGCGCCGCACGAUGCCUGGCCUCGACCGCCCGCGGCCCAAUCGCUCGCCGCACUGCGCCAGCCUCGUCCCUCUGCCGGCGGCACUACCACUCGUACGACCACCCGUCGACGCCGCCGUUCGGGACCGUCGACAGGGAAAUCCUGGCCGCCGCCUACAAGCACGUCCCUGAGCACGGCUUCUCGCUGCGCGCCAUUGGCCUCGGGGCUCGCGAUGCUGGCUACCCUGACAUCAGCUCCGGCAUCCUGCCCGACGGCCAGUUCAGCUUGAUACGCUACCACUUGGUCGCGCAGCGCGAGAGGCUGGCCGACAGGAGCCGCGAGCUGCUCAAGGAGGGGGAUGGGGAUGGCUCGUUGACCGCCGUUGGCGACAAGGUGGCUGCCUUGACGUGGGAGCGGCUGGUGGGCAACAAGGACAUCAUACACAGAUGGCAGGAGGCCCUGGCCAUCAUGGCGCAGCCCAGCUAUCUGCCCAAGUCGCUGGCCGAGCUGGCCGCCCUGUCUGACGACAUCUGGUUCCUGGCCGGCGACAAGGCCGUCGAUCCGUCGUGGUACACCAAGCGGGCGGCUCUCUCCAUGGUAUACAGCUCCAGCGAGCUCUUCAUGACCAACGACACGUCACCGUCCUUUCUCGAGACGAGACAGUUCUUGCAUCGAAGGCUGGGCGAGGUCCAAUCUGUGGGGGGCACCGUGGGAGCCCUAGGCCAAUGGGUUGGCUUCACGCUCAAUGCAGGCGUCAAUGUCUUGAGAAGCAAGGGCGUCCCUAUCUGA